AUGGAACACUGUAGCCUCAGACCUCCCAACGGGAACAUAGCAACCCUCAGUAUCCUCCUCCUCUCCCUGUUGCUGCCCAUCUUUGUGGUACUUUGCGUGUUUAUGUAUUUUAUUGACUCUCGAAUCCUCUCUCUCACUCGCACCUCAGUUUCUGACAAGCAAAGGAGGAAUUGGCGUCACUACGGAGAGGAAACGUCAAGCGACAGUGACAGUGACAGCGACGACAACGAGGUUAUGGCGUUAACCCCUUCCACCUACUCUACAGACCUUCUCGACGGCUUUAUAGAAGACAUCCAAAUCCAACCUCUCAGCCCAGAGGUCAUGGCACCUACUUUUGAUGAGAACGUACCUCCCAAAUCCGGCUGGCUUGUGGACGAUUUAGCGGAGAAUGUGCGGACAACUACGCUGGAGUUGAAGCGUCCCAACCGUGUUACCGAACCUCAACACCUUUCCAACGACGCGAGUCAACAAAAGCCCACAGACUCGAAGAAAAAGACCACCCCAACUGUCGUCAUGUGGGAUGGAAAAGUCUCCUGGGCACUGAAAGGUGCCAGCAUCUUUGACAAUAUAGAUGAAGAGUACGGCGCCUUCGGUAAAAAGUCCAAUAUGCUCACCCGCCAACCCUACGCUGACCUGUGGGUUUUCCAAUACGGCCUACGCUAUAUUCCAUCCGUCCUCGACCACGAUGUCUAUCGUACUAUUCGCAUCGAUGAGCUUCCGCGCGAGAUCAAAAUUGACGAGAUCCUCCCCCUUGUCAAAGGCGAGAUCUACGAGGCUCGAUUUGCCAAUACAACUGCUAUAACCGGGUAUAACACAGCGAUGAUAACCUUCGUCACCGAGAAGGAUGCCGUCGAAUUCUUGGCUAGUUCCAACAGCAGGAGACUGCCUGGAAAGGUCGUCCCUGUCCACACUCCGACAUACCCUAUCUCUGCUGAUAUGGGAAGCUUGAUCAAAGAGAGUGGAUACACUCGUUGCCUGGGCGUAUUUCAGUACAGGCAGUCACACAAGCAAGAGAUCACCCGCGUCUUGACCCGUGCACAUCACGAUUUCAGUCCACAGCUUGAGAGUAUUAGCGAUGGCCCCGCGCAUGGUGAAGUUGCGGUAAAGAUGCUUUCGGUCAAGGCCGCGGCAGCAGUGUUCGACUUAUUGAAUGGCCACCCGGCCCUAAGCAGGUGCCAGUUUCGUUUUUUGACCCAUGAUGCUGUCCCAACCGAUCCAGCAGCUGGUCUUUUUGCUCGCAGCAGCGGCUGA